UCCCCAGUGCUUGUAGUUGCGGGCGAGUCCCCCCGGAGCCAGGCUGGCGUUCCAGCGGGGACCGCCGGGAUACCACCCCGCGGCGCGCACCCCAGACCCAGCCCCGCCCCCGGCGGCCGAGAGUAGCGGGCGGAGAGCUAGCUGAGAGGCGCGCAGGGUUGUGCGGCGCCGCCUCUCCUCUGUGCCGGGGGAGGGACUGAGGGACCGGGCGGGAGAGAGCGCGAGCCCGACCGACCGACAGACUCGCGGAGAGCUGCAUGCAACCGGUGGGAGGCUGGGCCGGCUGGGGCUGGGGCUCGGGCUCGGGCGGUUUUCUGGCGGGUCCCAGGCGAGCGCGGACGGCCCAAAAGCGGCGGGCAGGCGGAGGGUUGUCUCCCGCGCCAGCCUGCCCGGCGCGGUCCGAGGAUGCGGGGGGGCGAUGCCCGGGGCCAGGGACGCGCUCUGUCACCAGGCGCUGCAGCUGCUGGCCGAGCUCUGUGCCCGUGGGGCCCUGGAGCACGACAGCUGCCAGGAUUUCAUCUACCACUUGCGGGACCGCGCCAGACCCCGGCUCCGCGACCCAGAUAUCUCAGUGAGCCUCCUGACCCUCGUGGUCACUGCCUGUGGCCUCGCUCUCUUUGGCGUGUCUCUCUUCGUGUCUUGGAAACUCUGCUGGGUUCCGUGGCGAGAACGAGGCCUGCUCUCUGGUAGCAAAGACAACAACCAAGAGCCUCUUAACUACACGGACACAGAGACCAAUGAGCAGGAGAACAGUGAGGGUUUCCUAGACCCUCCCACCCCCUGUCCUGACUCCUCCAUGAAGAUCAGCCACACCUCCCCCGACAUUCCCCUCUCAACCCAGGCUGGGGGACAGGAGAACUGUGCCCAUGGCGUCCGAGUGCAGCGCCAAGUCACAGAGCCAACUUCAUCGGCUCGGCAUAACUCAAUUCGAAGACAACUCAACCUGUCAAAUCCAGACUUCAAUAUCCAGCAGCUUCAAAAACAGGAACAGUUGACUGGCAUUGGUCGAAUUAAACCCGAGUUAUAUAAACAGAGGUCACUGGAUAAUGACGAUGGGAGAAGGAGUAGCAGCAAAGCCUGCGGGAAACUGAAUUUCAUUUUAAAAUAUGACUGUGACUUAGAGCAGCUCAUAGUGAAGAUCCACAAAGCUGUCAACUUGCCCGCCAAGGACUUUUCUGGGACUUCAGAUCCUUAUGUCAAGAUCUAUUUGCUUCCUGAUCGGAAAACAAAACACCAGACUAAAGUUCACAGAAAGACCCUGAACCCUGUGUUUAAUGAGGUGUUUUUGUUCCCGGUGCCCUACAAUGACCUUGAAGCACGGAAGCUGCACUUCUCUGUGUAUGACUUUGAUAGGUUUUCUCGACAUGACUUAAUUGGCCAAGUGGUGGUGGACCACUUCUUAGACUUGGCAGAUUUCCCCAGGGAGUGUAUCCUUUGGAAGGAUAUCGAAUAUGUCACCAAUGACAAUGUGGACCUUGGAGAGUUGAUGUUUUCCCUCUGCUAUCUUCCAACGGCUGGCAGGCUGACCAUUACCAUUAUAAAAGCAAGGAACUUAAAAGCAAUGGAUAUAACAGGAGCAUCAGAUCCCUAUGUGAAAGUCUCACUGAUGUGUGAUGGCAGGCGACUGAAGAAGAGGAAAACGUCCACCAAGAGGAACACUCUGAAUCCUGUUUACAAUGAAGCCAUAGUCUUUGAUGUCCCUCCCGAGAAUAUUGACCAAAUCCAUCUGUCCAUAGCAGUCAUGGACUAUGACCGUGUAGGUCACAACGAGAUCAUCGGUGUCUGUCAAGUAGGCCACGAGGCUGAGAGGCUGGGCAGAGACCACUGGAGUGAAAUGCUGUCGUACCCCCGGAAGCCCAUUGCGCACUGGCACUCUCUGGUGGAGAAACGAUGACUAUGGGAAGAGGGUUGCUUGUGCCAAGGACACAGUAGGACACCAUCUUACAAAGAUCUUGAGUAACUUUUCCCAUCCAACAACACCCGGACGAGUCCAGUGACCAAAUGCUCGGCUGUCACCAUGGCAAUAAGUGGCCCUUACUCCGGAUUGGGUUUGCUGAAUGUGAACCGUCCAGCUAUCUCCAGGUGGCCUGAGAGACUGUGCGCAAGAGACGUACAUCUGUUACGGUCAGGAACCGAGAUCAGACUGUGGAAGAAACCAGCUGAUCCAGUGCGAGUGCUGAGAGUGCCCUGAAUGGUGGGACUCUGGCAGGUUAACACGCGGUCCUUGUUGAUGGGUCAUAGCACCUGCCCUGGCCACAUCACGCUGACACGAUGUUCUUUGCUUGAAUGCCCUGGAAGGACAGAAUAUCUUAAAAUAUAUCCAGGUGCUAAAUAAGCAGCAGACCUAAUUCACACUGGACUAUCUUUGAGCUAAUAACUGUCUCCAGAAAACAAUUUAAUCCCAGCAAGUGCUCUAGCUUUGCAAAGAAUAACCCCACAGGAGUCAGGAUAAGCAGGCUAUUUCCCUGGUGAAAACCUGGUGCAAGGAGGACUAGUUCCUAGCCAAUUCACUGCCCCUCCCAUGCACAGAGUGCCAGCCAAUCAUGGCUUUCUUUCUGCUGAACCCAGGUUCCGAGGAAUCAGAUCCCCGACACUGUUUUCUAGGUAGCUGGGACCUAGCCUUUCAGCUGGCGGUUGUCACUAGAAUGAACCUGAGUUAAUGGCCACCCCUGUAAAGAGGCAUGCUUCUCAGUGGCAUGAGCUUUAUGGGGUGCCCUUGCCCAAGCACAUCUGUCCAGUAAGGGGACAUCCUCAGAUAUAGGUGGAGUUUUGUGUAAGGAGAGUCCAUGGAGAGACCACACAGCCCUCCCUGAAGGAAGGCACAACUGGGGGGCCUUCUGGGCCUGAGUGCCUUCCGGGGGUUUUCCAUAUGCAACAACCCAGAGCAUCACCUUGGGUGGCCACCAACAGGUUUCCUUUUCACUUGCAGACGCAUAUAUCACUUUCAUAGAACUUGGGGAAUGGAAAUACCUGCAAGAGUGAAGGUCAAGGGCUCUCCCCGGUAUCUCAUUCAUUAUUCAGCUUCCUCUGUGACCAUAUCAGCCAGCCCCUGCCAGCCGUGCUCCUCAUCCUCAUUGCUUCUGCCUCCAUACAAAUGAAACCAAAGGCCUCAGCAUACCCAGGGAGGGUGUUUCCUUGUGAUCCUCUCUCUGCCAUUAUGGGUGCAAAGUAUCCCAUCCUCACAUUUGCACCACUUCUCCAAGAUAGUAUUUCCCCUUUUUGUAAAUGCUUUUGCAGCAGAAUCCAGCGUUGAAUUGUAGUUUUCCUUCCUGGGAAGCUCAUUAUCAUAAUUUGAAUUAACAUUUAAAUGUAAGAGUAACUGGGUGGAAGCAGGACUAAUGCAUGUCUUCAGAACAUUCUCACUGCCACAGCUACCUGGUGAAAGAAAACUUCCUUGAUGUCAGUUCUAUAAAGGAUGGAGACUGUGAUGGUGUGUGAUAGUGUUACUGUACUCUAGUUUCAUGCAUUCCCCAGCCUGCUGGGUCCAUUUCCAUCUCUGAAUGACUUUCGACCAGGCUCCAAAAGGAACCCAAGGUUCUGCCUAUAUCCAAUGACAGGAGAAGGAUUCAACAUUCUUUACUCAAGGUUCCCCUCUGCCGAUUCCUCCCCACUCAGACAUUUCCCCUCCCCCCCCAUACCAGUGUUUAGAACCAAAGCAUGAAAGACUGGUGCCAGCAGGACAAUCACCAGAAAUAUUAUCUCUUAGAGCCAGACAGAUGAGGCCAGAAGAAUGGUCCCCAAGAAACCUGGCUGGCUACAGCAGAUAUCAGGCAGCCAUUCAAUUGAUUUUGAUGUGUCCUUGGCAAUGGAACCUGGGGCAGCUGUGCCUGGUGUCCCCCCUCCCUCAAGAUUGUCCUUCCAAGACAGUUAUCAGGCCUGGGGUACUAAUAAGUUUGCUACUGGUUUGUUGGUAUGAAACAGAAAGUGGCUUUGCAGGGGGCAGCAGGCAAAGAGGCGGCCGCAUGGCAGACAGCCGGCUUUGUGUCUGGAGAGCUUUGCUUAGCCAGUCUAGCUGUGGCCAAAGGCCGGUUAUAAAUCUGAACUCCCUGAGUCUGUCUGCAGCUCUGCCUCUGUUCUCUUGCAUUCUGUUUGGUUUCCCUUUAGUUUCCUAGUAAAUGUUCCUUUUGAAAAAUUCCUACCUUGUCUAUUGAGCUUGGGGGUUGGGGGAGGUUCUCCAAUGUCUUUUCCAGGGUAGAGAAGGAAAAGCACCUUGAAAACAAAUGGCAGGGAAAGGAAAACAUGCUGGUGGAAGAGCCAGGGAAAGCUAGCGCCAAGAGAUAAGGAAAGACCUCGUGUCCUCCACCCAUUUGGCAUGUGUUCUCCGCUCUUUUCUCUUGCCAUCUUUAUCUUCAAGAAGGUCCACCCUGCAUAUGUGCUGCUGCAAAGCAUCCAUCUAGCCAGUAAACCGGGCACAUUGAGCAUGCAGCGUUAGGAAGGAGAAGUACAGGGUACGUGACCAGAAGAGGAAUUGGAGAGUGUGGGGAAGCUGUGGUCUACGCACCGUGGAUUUUCUCAAAAUGCUUCAGCAACCUCGACUCACAGUGAAGUUUAGUCUCUACAGCCAUCACUGAGGAGACAUCUUUCAUGUGAAUAGAAGAAAGUCAUCCUCUCACGCGUCCUCAUUGAGACUGCUAAAAUAUAGACAUGGAAAAUUUCCUAUUUUCACGGCUACCCUGUCCUGGUGGGUAUCUCUUGCUGGUUGUCUAUUGCCACAUAACAAAGCACUGCAAAACCCUGUGGUUCAAAGAGAAAGUUGUUAUCUCUCAUGGUUGUUUGGGUUGGCUGGGCUUAGGAGAUCGCUCUCUCUUGUGGAGUCUCAUAGUUGCUGCCAGGUGGCAGUUAAGGCUGGCACCAGCUGAAUGCCUGACUGGGUUAGAGAGCCACACUGGAUUCUUCACUCCUGUCUGACGGCUUUGCUGGGGUGACUGGGACACAUGGAGGCUCGGCGGGCCUGUCACCUGACUGCAGUGUCACAGGGUUUCACAGCAGUCAGACGUCUCACUAGUGGUUGGUUUCCCCCAGAGCAAACACUACACGAGGUCUCAGUAGAGGCUGCAUGUUCCUUCUAAAUUCUGAAGUUACACAGUCAUAUCCACCAUGUGCAAUGGCCAAGCACAUGGCACGGGGCUUGCCUAGAUUCAGGGAAGGAGCUACACAGGCGUGAGGGGCUGAAGGUGUGGCUCAUGGUAAG